AGACAUUGUCUAUUGGUAGUCCUGAUUGUUGAUGAUAAAGCGAAAAUUUUAAGGUUGUGUAUUUUGAAUAUCAGCUUUUCUAACAUUUUCUAUAAAAAAUAAAGAUAUGUCUUCAAGAUACGAUAGAGCUAUAACUGUAUUUUCUCCAGACGGACAUCUUCUACAAGUAGAGUAUGCACAAGAAGCCGUACGGAAAGGAUCAACCGCCGUUGGAGUAAGAGGUGCUAACGCUGUUGUACUCGGAGUGGAGAAAAAAUCAGUUGCAAAACUUCAAGAAGAACGUACGGUUAGGAAAAUAUGUCUUUUAGACGAUCAUGUUGUAAUGGCCUUUGCUGGUUUAACUGCCGAUGCUAGAAUAUUAAUAAAUCGUGCUCAAAUUGAAUGCCAGAGCCACAAAUUAACCGUAGAAGAUCCAGUUACAUUAGAGUACAUUACUAGAUAUAUAGCUUCACUUAAACAAAAAUACACUCAAAGUAAUGGUAGAAGACCUUUUGGUAUUUCUUGUUUAAUUGGAGGAUUUGAUUAUGAUGGUAAACCCCAUCUGUAUCAAACAGAACCAUCUGGUAUAUAUUAUGAGUGGAAAGCCAAUGCUACAGGACGAUCUGCAAAGACUGUAAGGGAAUUUCUCGAGAAAUUUUAUACACCUGAAGAGGUAGCUACAGAAAAGGGCACAGUUAAAUUGGCGAUUAGAGCAUUAUUAGAAGUUGUACAAUCGGGACAGAAAAAUCUUGAAAUUGCAGUGAUGCGGCACGGUGAACCCAUAGUGAUGUUAGAUGGGGAUACAAUUGCAAAAUACGUGACGGAAAUCGAAAAAGAAAAAGAGGAAGAGGCCGAAAAGAAGAAAGCAAAGAAGUAAAUUCACUUAAUUUAAGGAUAAUUUUCAAAUAAAUUUUUUUAAAAUAAGUUUGUAAGUUAUAAUUUUCAUUAUUAUAAUUUAUGUUUGAUAUUUGAAGGUAAACUAAAGUAAAAAAAAUCGAGCUUUGUUUAAAUUUUCUUUUGAAACCCAAUAUUUAGAUCAACUUAUCAAAAAGUCAGCUACAUCUAUUAUUAUAGGAAAUAACAAAAAAACAAUAAUGAUAAA